UGAAGGGCCACAGGAAGGACCAACAUGACCAGGCUGCUGUUGAUGUGGACUUUGAGCUGUUAGGUGCUGAGUGCAGGGCGCUGACAGCUGUGUGACAACUGACACAGCACAGCACAUCAUUGUGAAACUUAUUCUAUCAUCAGCCGGAAGUCAAACACACUUCCUGUAGCCAGUCACCGACUGACCUAUGAAGUUUCGAACCUUGUGUUUUGUGUGACGCCCGCAGGUCAGGAGAGGAACUGAAAGGUCGACAGACUAGGAAGCUGCCCUCACUGGCUGCACCAGGUGACCGGUCACACCAUCUCUCUACCCUCCGGUCACUUCGUUGACAAGGACUCGAGCUUCGUCCAUCCGUAUCUAAGCAAAGGGUAAUUAGGAAUUACCUGCAUUACAUGUGACAUAUCUUCAGUAUGGACGUAUGUGUUUGACAUUGUGAACUGAAUUAACCCUGUUUGUUGGUUCGUUAAUUGUUUACUAGACAACAACCACAGUUUACAAAGUCUUGGCGAAUUUUUGGACAUGGCGUAGCGCCCAUAUUGAAGAUUUUGUACGAUUAUUUUCAUUUUCUAUCUAAACUGUCAUUUCUAAAAUAUCUUAAUAACAGGCGCAUGGAAAUGAAGGGGAAGUCACUGACAUGACUGUCAGAGUGUAGAAUGUGCUAAUGUCACGCUAAACGUGGUGUUCGUGACAUGACUGUUUGUGACAUGAGCUAAUGUCACUCUAAGCUUGGUGUUUGUGACAUAACAAACUCCAUGCGGCGACAACUCUGCAUCAUUCUCCUGGUCGGAGCAUGCGCAGGUGUGUGCCAAGUAACGUUGUCCUCAGCUGUGGUGUCAGCUGUGGUGUCAGCUGUAGGGGAGGUAACCACGCCCAAAGGUCACUCCCCAAUAAAGUGUGACGUGUAUUGUUGUAAUUGCAAUAAAGACACAGCUCUGUGUACCGGCGAGAACCGUCACCUGCAUUACCUCCCCCGACUGCCAGCGACGAUCCGCGAGUUCCGGAUGAUGAGGGCCGACCUGCCCGAGCUGUCGCGCCCCCUACUGGCCAAUUUGUCCAACUUCCAGAUCGUGCGACUGAACCUGACUUCAAACAACAUCACCAGCAUCACCUCUGACGCCUUCGUGGACUUUCCUCACCUGAAGAUCCUGAGUCUCACUAGCAACAGGAUCCCGGUAACGGAAGUGCAGGCCUCGCUCAGAAGUCUCAGUACUGAGAUGACCUCACUGUACUUGGAUGACAUGAAGCUCGGCCAUCUUCCCCGGGAUUUCUUUUCUGCCGCGGCCUUCAUAGGCAAGAGGAUGUCCAUCCUUAACCUGCAGAGCAACGACUUCACGUCUUACAACAAUUCCGCUUUUAAGGUUUUCCAACUCAUCGACAAGCUGUACCUCUCCCACAACACCCUCGGUACCUUGAGGCUGGAUGCCGUGGCAAACAUCAGUUCGCUGGACCUCGCGUGGAAUGCUGUGCACCAGCUGCCAGACUUCUGCAUCUCUUCUGGUCAACCAACGGGCAGUGGAACAAGCGUACCAGCCAUUCACAACCUGUUGUCGCUUCGUCUUAAAAACAACAACAUUCCGAGCAUCCCGAAAGGGACCCUACGUGGCCUGUGCUUGCCCAGCCUGCUCAAGCUGGACAUCAGUGGUCUCAAGCUCGCCAAGCUAGAGAACGACUUCCUGGCGGACCUGCCGAAGCUGGAGACUUUGACGGUCUGCGAGAGCCGCUUGCUGUCGGAGUACGAACCGUUUGCCUUCAGGAGUGGGAGCCUGCGGAGGCUGACGUUGUGCAGCAACCGGAUCCUGAACCGCAAGUCGCUGAAGGUGGACACCGCCUUCCUCCACUGCCCUAACCUCAGCGACCUGCGCAUCACCAACACCAAGAUGGUCAUGCAGGACGAGGACGUCCGGCAGCUGCUGUUGCCACUCAAGUCCCUGCAGGGCCUCUAUCUGGAGGACACGUCGCUAGGCAACCUCCCCGAGGACACCCUCUGGCGUCUGCCACGACUGAAGAUCCUGACGUUCCGAGGCAACCACCUGGACCCGUUCCGGUUGGGGCUGGCACUGGCCAACGUCAGCAGCCUGGACUACCUGAGUCUGCAGGCCAACGCUCUCAGCAUCGUCAACGAGUCCACGCUGCCCUGGGAGGUCCGCCUCAACCUCAAGAAGCUCGAUCUGUCUCGAAACCCAUUUCUGUGCUCCUGUGACCUGCUGUGGUUCAGAACGUGGCUGGAGGACGUGACCCGCAACAAGACGAUCCAGGUGCUGGCCUGGCCCCAGCAGUACCGCUGUGCGGCGCCCGUGUCCAUGCGGGACACCUACCUGGUCAACUUCCGCCCCACGGCCCACAGCUGCGCCGUGAAGAGCUCGGGCCUGGUGCUGCUGGGAGCCCUGGCGGGCGCCAUGCUGGUGGCGCUGACGGUGACGGCCGCGCUGUGCUACCGCUACAGGUGGUACCUCAGGUUCUACAUCUACCGCCUGAGACGCAGGGGCAAGUACAGGCUGAUGCAGGUGGAAGCUGCUGACGGUGGUGAAGGGCUGCCCCUGUUUAACUACGACGUGUACCUGGCGCACAGCUCCGGCGACCUCGAGUGGGUUAACGACGAGUUGCUGCCCUUGCUGGAGGGUGAGCACCGCUUGAAGGUCUUCCUUGAAGAGCGGGACACUGAAGGGGGGACAAUCGCCGACAACAUAGCCAGGUACAUGGACAGCAGCGCGCGCAUCCUCGUGGUGAUUAGCGACACCUAUGUCCGGGAGGGCUGGCGUCAGUACGAGUUUGAGCACAUCCUCUACGCCGCCAUCGAGCAGGGCAAAGACAUCAUCGUGCUGUUGCUAGGCAACGUACAGGCCGGCCGCAUGACCACGGACAUGCGCAGAAUGCUGACUCGCGGCACCUUCCUGCAGUGGGGGGACAGUCAGGAGGCCAGAGCCACCUUCCGCGAGGGACUGAAGGUGGCCAUCAACACGGAGGACAUCAGGCCGGAGUCUGUGUGUUGAGUGAGCGAGGGACUGAAGGUGGCCAUCAACACGGAGGGUGUCAGGCCGGGAAGGGGAGGAGGGGGGACAUGCCGAUUGAUUGCCGCCAAUCAGUAACACACUGUCUCUUAGUGGACAUGAGAUAAUCAAUGUGUACCAUGUUGGUCCAUCGCGAGUAUUCUUACCUUUUUCCGUUAUCAGCAUUUUUCUCGUUUUUUUCUCUAAAAACAUUUGCUGAACUGUUUAUUGCCUUUGGUCUGUUGCUUGUCAGUCUACUGACUUCACCUUUCCUCGGCCAGUUCUCGUGAUAUAUUGCAGUGACCGUCAUUGCCAGUCAUUAUUUUAACAGUUUAAUUUACUGUCUCUGGUGACAUGAGAUCAUGUGGAGACCAGAGUCUCCUGACGAUUUCAGCCUCGUUCUUGAUUAUUAAUGGGCGUUUCCGCUUUUGCUGUAGAGUUAAACUGUAACCCAUCGACAUCUUCAUGGUAUCUGUAGAUCAACUUUGACAUUUCAUUAACUUGCUUCUCGUGUGCUUGUUUGUACAGCACCACGAGCUUGUCUAUAGGGCUGGCGCUUUAUAAUUGGACUAUUUUUUAUGCUGCACCAGAAGAAAACAGGAAUUUUAAAGGUGGGGGUGGUAGUGGGUGUGGCUGGUGUUUCACGCCGAGUCAGCAACUAAGGCUACAUCGCGGCCAGGCAGUCAGCCCUGUCAACAGAUGCCACAUGCAGAGAAAAAAACGGCCUGCCCGAGACGAGAGUUGAACCCAGGACAGUCAACCCUCAGUGUGUUGGUGACUGGCGCUAACCGCUGCGCCCUGGGGCUGUCCAGCAGAAGUCAGACCAGAAAUGUACAUUUUGAGGUGAGAUGACAAACUGCUGAGCCUGAGGGCAGUUACAACCAUCAGGGGCAAUAAAACUAAGGGAACAGGUGUCCAGCACAUUGGAGACUCGUUCUGGGGAGUAGUGUUCUCCACACAGAGCGGGCACAGCACUAAGGUGGCGCGAGAUGCGGAGACCGACUGUCGGCACUGACGGCGCACGUGGCAGCGUCUCUUGACAGUUUCUUGCAUCACCAUCUAUCUUGUAUGCAUCUGUUAAACGGUUUACUGUCUCAAACUCUGUUUCAAAUGUAGUCGGUGUUUGAAGAUUUAGGCAGACAGUUAUGAAAAAACUUGAAGCCAACCUGCUGUAUACAUUGUUUGAUGUAAUGCUUGAUAUUUAUCCCAUGAAGGCUUGCUUCUUGAACAAUAAAAAUAUUUUUGUUCGUAGUUUUUAUUUUUUUGUCACGCGCAGCCUCGCUCCGGCUGACCCUUACUCCUUUAGUCAGAACUUUUUCCUCGCGCACGUUCGCGUAACAGCACGUGAGUAACGUGGCAUCUCAUUCAUGCAGCCAAUGCACGUGGUCACGUGGUCACAAGCGCCUCGCGAUAUAGCUGGCAGGUGACGUGGGAGGGCGAUGGGUGACGUCGCACAUGCAGACCAACUGCAGACAUGUCACGAGGUGUGAUGUAGGCGGAGCCCACGUAUAACCCACGUCUGUCCCUUGAAGUUGGAGAGGACUGGUGUACACCACACCACACUGCUGUGUACAACUGGUGUGUACCAUACUAUGGUACUGUGUACAACUGGUGUACACCACACCACACUGGUGUGUACAACUGUUACAUGACACUACAUGUACUAUGUACAACUGGUGUACACCAUGCGACACUACUGUGUACAACUGGUGUACACCACACUGCUACGUACAACUGUUACAUGACACUACAUGUACUUGUACAACUGGUGUACACCACACUAUAAUACUGUGCACAACUGGUGUACAUCACACCAUACUACUGUGUAAACUAAUGUACACCACACUACACGUACUGUGUACACUGUACAGGUCUACAAUCUUGUAGGCGCUACACACGACACUACAUAUGCUGUGUACAACUGUGUACACCACACUACAUGUACUGUGUACAACUCUGUACACCACACUACACGUACUAUGUACACUGUACAGGUCUACAAUCUUGUAGGCGCUACACACGACACUACACCACAAACACAUGAACACUAAAGAAGCAGGCUCCUCUGACGAUCCUCCUCCCUGGGAAGAGACAGAGAACCGCUUGACCACCUGCAGGACGGGUACAGGCUGACACAAGUGAGUCAGCGACGGAUGCCAUCGGAAAUAGAAGAGCUGGGGUAUACAUCCAGUACCCCGAUGGACACAGACAGACAGUAGCCAGCUGACCCUGACUGCACUAACUACAGAGCCCAGGUCAUCUGUGCAGUGAACUGUGUCCGCACACAGCAGGCUCACCUUCACAGGUGGUGUUCCUCAUGAUGUCCUGUCUGCUCUACAGGCAGCCACCCACACCCGGCUACCCAAGCAGACAAAUCUCCAUUGUGCAGUGGAUACCCUCACACUGGCAGGUUGAAGACAGCGAGCAGGCCGACCAAAGGGAAGAACUAGGGGCUGAAGCCAGGCAUGGAAAUAAGGUCAGUCUAACAGAAGUGAAGACCAGCAUCUACCCAUCACAGACUAUCCCAACCACCAGACAGCUGCCGUCACGUGUCCAAACCACGUGACAAUUAUUAGGACAGAACACAACAGACUAAAGCGCCACCUUUACCGCAAUCUACCUCGGGUGUCAUCCCCAAUGUGCUCCUGAGAAGACGAAGAGCAAAGCACGGAGCCCGUUACAGGAGUGUAGGCUCCUGCAGGAGGACACCAGACUUUGCAGAUGACUGCCAGUUGAUGACCUAAUUAUUCCUGCCUUAUCUGUCCUCUGUCUCUGGAACUAACGGUAACUGAUUUCUCCAACCGUGUGCAGCUGUCUGAAUUGUGAUUAUCAGUCUGUUGUGACGGUUGUUGACAUCGUGCUGACGGCUUCCGACUGUCCGAAGUGUUGUGGAAUGUCAGGAGAUGUUCCCAAGCCACGUGUCGUGAUGUCCGCCGUGCACACUCAGUGUGGCGUCACGUGACUCAAGUCUUGUACAGAAGUCAAACUGCACGCACGGGUGACGUCCGUCAUGCACGUGCAGGCGCUGAGACGGGUGUUCGCACACACUUCUGUGUAUUUCUGUGCGUGAAGACCGCACGUGCUGUUUCAAGCUGUAUCCCAUCGCCCACCGCGCUUUGAUGCCAUCUGCUUUCUACUUUUAUGGAAAGUCGCAAAGCGAUGUUGGGGUAGUUACUGUGACAAAUGUCGAGAAUAUUUAAUGGCGAAAGGACGGGGUGGGACGUGGAAGACAAAUGGAGUGAUUGUCAGGCUUGGUGCCGUCUCAGUGGUGCCAGAAGUCCAGGUAACGGUCGCCGGGAAGCAGCUUCCUGGUGUGACGUCACGAGGGGGCGGUUGGUGCCGUUAGUUGCUCGCCGUCCAGCUGCCAUGUCGUCGCCGUGGAGAAGAAAUGAAAGAGGAAAAAGACAUAAAAGAUUCAUCGCGAUCUUGACACCUCACUGCUCUCUCAGCUCAUGCCUCCUGACGGUCUUUGUGUGGCGCCAGUGGACCACUCUACCCACACAGCUCGCUGGGAACAUGCUAGAAGUACCUGUACUUAGUGCCGUGUGCAUGGUACUGAGCGACUUCCGGUGUACUUGUACGUGGUACUUAGCUACAGACUUUGUGGCCGGUACUUGGCACUUGGUCUUAGUACUCAGGGACACGCUUGGCACUUACAGGCCUGAUGCUACGAUCCAGCGGCUUGAAGGAAGCAGACAACUGAUUGGUCGACGCACAGACGUCGGAGGCAUGAGGCACGUUCACUAACCCAUGGGGUACGGUGUACCUCCUCAGCUGACCCAGUGGUAGUCACGUGGAGGGCAGGUAACACAGGCAGGAGUCACAUAAAGCUGACUUCCAGACAAACUGCGAUCUCUCUACAUCGUCUCUCUACAUCGUCUCUCUCCGUCUCUCUACAUCGUCUCUCUCCGUCUCUCUCCAUCGUCUCUCUACAUCAUCUCUGUCCAU